AUGCAGCACUACGGAGUGAACGGCUACUCUCUGCACGCCAUGAACUCCCUCAGCGCCAUGUACAACCUGCACCAGCAAGCCGCGCAACAGGCGCAGCACGCGCCCGACUACCGGCCCUCCGUGCACGCGCUCACACUGGCAGAGAGACUCGCCGGCUGCGCAUUUCAAGACAUCAUCCUGGAGGCUCGCUACGGCUCUCAGCACCGCAAACAGCGCCGGAGCCGCACGGCCUUCACCGCACAGCAGCUGGAAGCGCUGGAGAAGACUUUCCAGAAGACCCACUACCCGGAUGUGGUGAUGAGGGAGCGGCUGGCCAUGUGCACCAACCUGCCCGAGGCCCGUGUGCAGGUUUGGUUCAAAAACCGCAGAGCCAAGUUCCGUAAGAAGCAGCGCAGCCUCCAGAAGGAGCAGCUUCAGAAGCAGAAGGAAGCGUCAGGGGAAGGAGGAAGCGAAAAGGAGGACGCACCUCCCUCCACAACUGUCCUUCCUGACACCCAGCUCCCUCCUUCAUCCUCCUCCUCCUCCUCCUCUUCUCUGGAGACGGAGGGGCCUGUAGUCCGUCCUGUACCUCUGGACAUGGAGCUGAACGUCACGUCAGCAGAACACUCUGGCAGCGAGUCAGCGACGGAGGAUAAUGCCACCGAUAAGGAGGACGAGAGUAAAUGUCAGAGAGACGAAAUGAAGUGUGAGAGAGCAGUGACUCCAGGGGACGUCUCUCCUGCUUGUAAAAGACUCAGCCCUAAACCAGACUCUCCCCUGGUCUCUCCAUCUGUGACUCCCUCCUCCUCCAGCAGUGGCCUGGCCAGCAGUGGUCCUCUCUCUCAGAGCCACUCUUACUCUUCCUCCCCUCUCAGCCUGUUUCGUCUGCAGGAGCAGUUUCGCCAGCACAUGGCUGCCACCAACAACCUGGUGCAUUACCCUGCUUUUGACCUCGCUGCCCCAUCUUCACUCCCCUACCUGGGGAUGAAUGUUAACAUGCCCCCUGCACCGCUGGGCUCUCUGCCCUGCCAGUCUUACUACCAGUCCCUGUCCCAUCACGCCCAGCAGGUGUGGAACAGCCCGCUGCUGCAGGCGUCGGCUGCAGGCGGCCUCACCAGCCACAACAACAAGACCACCAGCAUCGAGAACCUGCGUCUGAGGGCCAAACAGCACGCUGCCUCGCUGGGACUGGACACAAUGUCUAACUGA